AUGAAAAAAAUUCAAACCAAAAGUCAAAACAAAUAAACCACAUUGUAGACAUGUGAAAGAGAAAAGCUAUAUCCAAAUUAGAAUUUUCAAUUUCUUUUCCAUAAAAAAAUAAAAAUGGGAAAGUCUAGAUACAAUAGUAAGGCACGACAAGUUGUAAAGACAAAUAUUGAUGAUUCAAAAACUAAUGAGAUUAAGUUAGAAUUUGCAAAAUCUGAAUAUGGAAAUGCCGAUGCCAGUAAUGCACUGGCUUUGCCAUCUAAGAAGAGGCAAACAAGGGUGGUUAAAGAGAAAAUAGAGAAGACACAUUUUCUGUCAAAAGCUCAAAGGAAAAGAUUGGAGAAGAUUGUUGAUAAAAAAAAGAAAAAAGAAAAUAGAGCUGCUCUAUUAGAAUCACUUUCACAAGUACAAGCAACUCCCGAGGAAGUGAAACAGUUAACAGCCAUAUCUGCAGUCCAAACAAUAGGGUUGCGGAAACUUAAUGAGUUCAGUGUCGAAGCUUUUAUGACCGAAAGCUUUGAUAAACCUGAGGUAACACAACACAAGAAGAUCAGCAGUAUUGCUGGUGCUAAAAAACGUUUACGUCUUCUGAAACUGGAGAAGUCCGAAAAGAAGAAAUCAAAAUACGAUCCCAAUGUGGUUGGAUUGGAACUCGAAGAAGAUGAAAAUUCAUCUGAUGAUUCUGACAGUACAGACGAAGUGACAAACACAAUUGAAGAUGGAUCCCAAAAUGUCAUUGAUAUUACAGAAAGUAUGACUAAAAAUAAUAAUGAGGCCACCAACAACAUUAAUGAAAUCAACAAAACUAUAAAAUUGGAUAAUACGAAAACAAGUACUACGCUACAGGAACAGAAAGAAGAUAAUAUCACUGAUAAAUUAAAAGUAAUCAGUAAAAGUGUUAAAGAUAAAGUGAAAAUAAAAAAACCUUUAUUAGAACACCCCACAGUGCAUGUUAAUGUGAAAAGAGACCCUAAAGUGCAGGUAGCAAGACUCAAACUCCCAGUACUCGGCGAGGAACAGAGAAUAAUGGAGUUAGUGAAUGAGAAUCAAUUUCUUAUUGUUGCGGGUGAAACAGGUAGUGGAAAGACAACUCAGAUACCACAGUUCCUCUAUGAAGCGGGGUAUGCAGAGAAGAAAAUGGUAGCUGUAACAGAACCUAGGCGUGUCGCUACGGUAGCCAUGUCUGCUAGAGUUGCUCAUGAAUUGGCUUUAACUAACAAAGAGGUCUCGUAUCUAAUGCGUUUUGAAGGUAACACUACGAAGGACACAAAAAUUAAAUUUAUGACUGAUGGUGUACUAUUAAAGGAGAUUCAAUCAGAUUUCUUAUUAAGCAAGUAUUCGGUUGUGAUAAUAGACGAGGCUCACGAGAGAAGCGUAUACACAGAUAUACUCUUGGGUUUGUUGUCUAGAAUAGUCCCGUUGAGGUGUAAACGAGGCAGUCCGCUUCGUUUAAUCAUUAUGUCGGCUACAUUGAGAGUUGAAGACUUUACGGAGAACACUAGAUUGUUUAAACAGCCCCCGCCUGUUAUAAAGAUCGAAUCAAGACAGUUCCCAGUUACGGUGCAUUUUAACAAAAACACAUACAAGGAUUAUUUGAAGGAAGCAUUCAGGAAAACAGUAAAAAUACAUACAAGGUUGCCUGAGGGUGGAAUACUUAUAUUUGUCACGGGGCAACAGGAGGUACGUUAUCUACUCCGGAAAUUGAAAUCCUGUUUCCCGUACCGCAAAGAUGUGGAUUAUUCAAAGUUGAUCACUAAGAACACUAAGGGAGUAGAGGUUGACACUGCUCUCGAUUCAGAACCAGAUGACAUCAACUCUGAUGAUGACGAGGUUGAGAAAGAGAUGAAAAGGGCCCGCAAAGCCAGGAGGAAAGCGAAAAAGAAAGUUAAAGCUUUACCAAAGAUCAAUUUGGAUGAUUAUGAUAUGCCUGAAGAUGAUGGUCAGGCUGAUUUGGUGGGCAAUGAUGACGACAGCGAGGGGCACUUGAGUGAUUCAGACGCAGAGGAAGACUCCCUGAUGCCGGAAAUAAAGUCGUGUCGUCAACCUCUAUGGGUCUUGCCUCUGUACUCUAUGCUAAACUCGAACAAGCAAGCUCGGGUCUUCGAACCUCCCCCGGUGGGCGCCAGGCUGUGCGUGGUCAGCACGGAUGUCGCGGAGACGUCUCUAACGAUACCGGCCAUUAAAUACGUUGUCGAUACUGGAAAAAAGAAAAUGAAGGUACACGACCACGUGACGGGCGCGAGCGCGUGGCGCGUUGUGUGGACGAGCCAGGCCAGCGCCGGGCAGCGGGCGGGGCGCGCGGGGCGGGUGUGCGCCGGCCACGUGUACCGGCUGUACAGCAGCGCGGUCUACCAGCAUGACUGCCCGCCGCAGCACGCGCCUGACCUCUGCCGCAGGCCCGUCGACGACCUGGUCCUCAUGAUGAAGUGCAUGGGCAUCGAUAAGGUUGUCAAUUUUCCGUUCCCGACGGCGCCGGAUCGUUUACAAUUACGUUUGGCCGAAAAACGCCUUGAAACUCUCGGGAUACUCGAGAGGCACGACUCGAAGAACGCAAGCAGGAAUUGCCAAGAGGAGAUACUAAAAGUGACGCCUUUAGGUAAGGCUGUUUCGGCGUUCCCUUUGCUUCCGCGUUACGGGAAAAUGUUGGCGCUCAGUCAUCAGCAGGCCUUGUUACCGUACACUAUAGCUUUGGUGGCCGCUUUAACAGUACCAGAGGUGAUGUCCGGGAAAGCUGACAAUUGGCCCGCGACGGGACACACGCUGCUGCUGGGAGACCCCGGAGUAUUGCUCCGUGCUGUGGGCGCGGCUGAAUAUGCACAUCGGAAGGGUGAAGAACAGCUAUUCUGUGCUAAAUACGGAUUGAGGGAAAAGGCGAUCAAAGAAAUACGCAAGAUACGUAAGCAGCUGGCGUCGGAGAUAAAUCUCAGUGUUGCCGGCGUGGACGUCUCCGUCGACCCCGAGAUGAAGCCCCCAGAUGAAAAGCAAGCCAGGCUGCUCAGGCAAUUGGUGCUUAGUGGACUCGGAGAUCAGGUCGGCAGGAAAAUCGGCCUGGACGAGGUCAAAGAAGGCGAAGACAAAAGGAAAUUCAAGUACGCUUACCACUGCGGCGACCUGGAGGAGCCCGUGCAUCUGCACUCGGCUUCGGUGCUCCGCAAAACGAUACCGGAGUGGGUGGUGUACCAGCAGCUAUACGAGACGGGCGCCGAGGAACGAAGGAAGAUGGUGAUGAGCAACGUAACGGCCAUCGAACCGGAAUGGCUGCCCGUCUACGUGCCGCAGCUGUGCAAUCUAGGUGAGCCUCUGUCUGAUCCGGAGCCGCGUUACGAAGACGUAACUGGUAAAGUCCUAUGUCACUACAAAGGCACGUUCGGCAAGGCGGGCUGGGAGCUGCCGGUUGUUGAAAUCGAAAUGCCCGAAAAAAUUGAACGCUACCGAUGGUUCGCGCGUUUCUUACUGGAGGGGUCAGUGUUUCCCAAACUUCGGAAGUACACGCCCUCUUUGUUGUCACCACCGUCGACGAUGGUGAAAUCGUGGGCGAAGCUGCAGCCCAGAACCGAGAUAUUAUUAAAAGCUUUGUUAAUGAAAAGAACCAGUACCAGGGAGUCGUUGAGGAAAAUCUGGGAAGACCAGAAAAACUACUUACUUGAAGAGUAUCUGAAGUGGCUUCCGGAGUCAGCCCAUAACGAAGCUACAUUGUACUGGCCGCCAUUAUGAAUAUGUAAUUGUAAUAUUUUAUUAGCUAUGUUGUAAAUAAAUGUACUUUGUUAAAUAA